CUGGCUGGAGGAUGUGGCUUGUUGUGUUUGUUUAUAUCGAAAGCAUGCGUUUAUUAAAUGCUGACGUUGUGUUUACAUCAGGUGCAGUUAUGUUAUAGCGAUAAUAAACAGAAACCAAACUGUAUUUUGUUAGUGUCCGCAAUAUUAUAAUACAAAGUUAAAAUGGCACAUCCGUUGGAUUUAUAUAACUGGCAAUCAAGUGUGGUGUUAUGCCUUGUGUCAAAACCUGAUUCCGUUGUCAUAGAAGUCGAAGUUGACAGAAAUGCUAUUGGACAAGAUAUUUUAGACAAGGUAUGCGCAUCAAUUGGGACGAUAGAAAAAGAUUAUUUUGGCCUCCAAUUUUACGGCCCAAAACGGGAACCACUCUGGUUGAAUCUUCGAAAUCGAAUCACGAAUAAAAUCUCCGGUCAAUGCCCGUUCCGGCUUCGUCUUCGAGCAAAAUAUUUUGUUGAACCACAUUACCUCAUACAAGAAACCACAAGGAAUUUGUUCUACUUGCAAUUGAAACAAGAUUUUUCCGACGGCCGACUUGAAAUACCUCUUGAGAAGUUUGCGUACAUGUUAGCGCUCGUUGCACAAGUUGAACUUGGCGACCUCUCACACGAUUAUGCCAAUGCCGAUGUUUUUGAAGCUUACACGGCACUUUGCCCAAGUGAUGACACAGCACAAGCGAUGUACAGCGGGGAAUUGAUAAACGUCCACAACGAACACCUCCAACUACGAGGUUCAUCUAAAUCCUCGGUCGUCAGUAAAUUCCUCGCUGAAGUCACCACCCUACCCACAUAUGGUACAGAGUGUUACCAUAUCAAACUAGAAACCAAUUCCCCACCCAACACAACAACCAACCAGAGCACAAACAGCCCGACACUGAGCAGGAGGUACCACCUUAAUGUGAUACUAAGAGUUGGUCCGAGGGGGAUCGAGGUUUUGGGCGAGGACAAUCAAGAAAUUAAAAAAAUCCCUUUCAAGGCCAUCCAGCUUGCCACCCAUUCGGGCAAAAUGAUUGACAUUCAUAUUUACACCGAUGAUGGUUCAGUUACCACCAUGAACUUUAGGACAGUAUCGGAAAGCCACAGCAAUGCUUUGUACAGAAUAAUAACUGAGAUGUUAGCGUUCUACACCUGGGAUACCGUACAUUCAUCAGUAAUGCAUCAACAUAGUCUCGACUUCAAAGGUCAUUUCUUUGCGUUGUUUCGACCCAAUGAUUCUGACAUGGGCAAGCAAUAUGUGUUUGACAUCCAACGUACAUCGCGUGAGGUGUACGACAACGCACGGAGGAUUCUUUACCGUAAACAACAACUUGUACAAAACAACCACAACGAGGUCCAUGGCUCCUCCCCCCCAAAGUCCUCCAACAUCCCAGAAGAUGAAGUGGAGGUCCUCCGGGAGCGUUUAUCGAUGAUCAGUGAUGCUCUUACAUGCCGCGUGUGUUUGGACGCGGAAAUCGACAGCGCGUUUGUUCCGUGUGGACACCAAGUAUGCUGCAAGUAUUGCGCAGCUAGAUGCGAGAAAUGUCCAAUAUGUCGUCAACAUGUUCAAGAAUUCCUCACCGUGUUCCACCCGGUGACGAAGGAAUUGGUCAACGGGCGACAAAUAUCUGAAUCAACGCCAGAAAAUGUAGAGACAGACAAUUUAACUGUGGGGUCUACGGGACAAGAGAUACAGAUAGAGGUCUAAAGGGUUAAACCUGUGACUAUUAAAUAGAUACUGUGCCACUACUACAACAUAUUUGGAUUCUACUGUGAAUACUGGUGUUUUCAAUGCACCAAUACAAGUCUCUCUGGUGAUUUCCACUGUCAGCCAGACAGAAUUCAUUUCAUCAUUGCUUUUCUAACGUUUUAACAAACUGGUUUACUUUUGCGACAGGGGCGUAUUCACUAAUUUCUUAAACUUUAUUUUUAAACAUUUUUUGGAAUCUAAAAAAAAAACGCAGUGAAGCAUUUUUUUACAAAUGGGGUGUCCUUACCCCCUAAACACCCCCUGAAUACGCCCCUGUUAGCGACCGCUAUGAAACCUCCCCUAUUGUAAAUAGUUACCACGCGUUGAUCGCUGGAAACUCUUGUACAAACGUUUAUGAUGCCCCUGCAAUGCAACGUCAAUGCCCUACGUUUUCAUUUAUUCUUUUACACAAUUCCUAUCGUUACUUUGUUCAUCUUUCGUCCAACUGUUGGACGCCUUUAAAGACUCGCAACUUACUGCGUGGUCUUCUGUUUUCUAAAUAAACGAUUUACUGGUA